UAUAGAAAAUUGCAAAAAAAUGAGUAAAAAGAAAGGUACUUGCAAAUGUCCUCCACAUCUCCAGCAGUUCUGCAAACAUUCACAGCACAAGCGCGUCGAGCACAUUGACGUUGAAGAUGUCAUCCAAGCACUCGCCAACGAUGAAAUCCAAUCAAAAGACAAGUCAGCUAAGAAAGCACUUAAUGUCCCAACGAAUUUUAAAACAAAGCCGUUUAAACCGCGGCACUUCAAGGAUACCUGUGUGCCCAUGAGACCUUCAAUGCACACCAGAUUGCGCUACAUAACCCACUGUCCUACAGAAGCCAAUGAUGGCAAGGCAAGAAACAUCUACAUGAGCCGCGAUUUCGGCUCCUCGUCAGAAGAAGAACUCGUGCAAUCGGGGCAGAAGAAGUUCAAGAAGAAAGUCCGGUAUUACGACCUCAGUCCGGGCGACAUCCACCUCACGACUCCGUGUCCCGUCGUGAAACACACCGCGUCUGAUGAUUUUAUUGUUGACGUGGGAAGCCCUAAAACUAGUGGAGAGGUAAUUCGAGCUCAAGAGGCUAAAGUGAGACCAGGAGAAUGGAAGCCCCCUCUGCCUGCUAAAUCGGGACACGAACUGUUUAAACCUCAUAGCGGAAUCGUUAUCAACCAAGACAAGUCGUAUGUCCCAGAUGUUGUGCACCUACCGGGGAAAAUGAAACUCCAAAAAACAAUGAAACUGAGGCCUUGUCAUAAGAAAGGGGUGUGUAAGAGCAAAUCGUGCCCCAGAAAGAAAUGCCGGAAGUAUCAGGCCCGAAAACGCCGAGGAGGUCUUGUUACGUUAAAAAGUGGCGGUGGUCGGUCCCGAUCAAGAUCACUUACGUCAGGAGCGACUGAUGGGAAGCCCAGGGCGAAAGGGCUGGCAAGACAUGUGAAAGACGACGAUUCGAACUGUGGUCUUGAUGAGAUACCUAGACCAGAACACGCGUUUAUACCACCUAAUUUGAAAAAGGGAAUGUUGGAUACCCAUUCGUUGACAGUUUUGCCAUGCACUAAGGAGAAAAGCAAUAUACAUUACGGCAUAUUGAAUGGAUCCUUUAACAUGUACGACAGCAAAUUCGGGCCAAAAUCUAGGGGACGGCAAGCACUAACGAUGAGUGUGAUGGCGUAUUGCCUGGCGUUCCACUAUCACCCGAAGCAAUGGACUUCCAAGUUGAUUGACAGUCUCGUGGAUUCUGGAGACGCAUGGUAUUUACAAUGUUUGGAAAAGGUUCAUGAUCAUUCAGCAAUAGGAGGAAUUUGCGAAGUUUUGCCGUACGGAAAGAAGCAAACAUUAGUCCUGAAUGGCAAGAAGAUGCAAGUUCUGUUGGGGGAGCCCGACGUGAUCGGCUACACGAUGUCCAAAGACCCCACCGUUUACAACCUAUGUAGAGGCUUAAUAGCGUUCUUUAAGGAUCACAGAGCCGGGAUCUUAUUGACAAGGGUUUUAAAAUUAGUGGUCUGGAAGGACAAAGUAUGCUAUUACAUAUUUGACCCUGCUGGUAGAGAUUCGAGAGCAUAUUCCAACUACGCCAACGGUACAGCUGCUGUAAUAAAUGUCGUGGACGUAAAGUCGGUAGCCGAAGUGUUGUUGUCUCGUUCCAUCUUAGACGAUCAAAGAUACGUACUGGCAUCUCUCAAGGUAUUGAGGAUGGUUAAAGAAAAUGCAGACGAAGAUUUCGAAUCAGACCCAGAACUUACUCAGGCUGAAAAAGCAAUGUUGGGUUAUAGAAUAAUGAAUGAAAACUGUGCUAUAGUCAAUGCUAAUAUGCAUCUCGGCGAACGGUGCUUUGAAGAAGCGAAAUAUCGCCAGGCCGUGCCAAUAGCUGUCGUAGCCAUGACCUACGCCAAGAUAUCUCCUCCCAACACUUGGUUUUCCAAGACGCUAGAUAAAAUAUUGCGUUUAGGAAAUAAGUUGUACCACGAAUGUAUACACCCAAAUGUCUUGAUUGACUUGACUAUUGACAACAUUCCAAAUGUGAUAACGCUCGGGCCAUAUGCUUGUGAGAUCAUCAUUUACCGGGAGCGGGUUAAAGGGCAACUGUUUACUCCCAAAGAGUGCAUAUUUAAUAUCAGAUCUGGUUUAAUGGAUUUCUUCAGUCACGAGUACAACAGCGGUAUUCUGGAGUUUAAUCAUUAUUAUAUGGCAGUCUGGCGACAAAAGGAAAUGUUCUACUUGUUUGACCCUUACCCGCGCACUGUCGACGGUUCGAGGUCGUUCAAAUCGGGGCGAGCAUGCUGCUGGAUGCUGCUCAAUCCGGAGAGUAUGGCGCAAGUGAUCAUUAAAAACUUCGACUACAUGCCGGCUACCACUCAGUUUUAUGUUCAUGCCUUUAAAGUUUUGAAACUGAAGAAGAAACAACCCAAGGCGGCGUUGGUGUGUACUCUGAGUGACGAAAAUAUCCCCGAUAAAAAGAAAAUCAAGCGCACGGUUCUACACGCCGCGAAGUCCAGAGGCGACAGCAGGGAGGUUAUCCACGACGUCAUGCCAGCCGCCAGCUCCGUCUCGCCGAAAAUGGACGAAGAGCAAAUGGGAGACAUCGUGUCGUUGGUCGACAGUAUACAGGACGACUAUGUGCCCUCGAUACCGCUAAAGUACAAGCAUAUGCCCCCGGAACCGUUCGAAGAAAGAGUCGUGAACCUGGACUCGCCGACGGUGUCGGUGACGCAGGUGGUGCCGCCGUGGCCGGCGCCGCGCGACAAGAGCCACGAGCCGCCGGAGCCCGACCCCAGCCCCGAGCCCACGCCGCCGCCCACGCCGCCUCCGCCGCCGAUUCCCGAAGGUGGCGUAGAAGAGGAGGAGCCACCGGUGGAAGAGGAGGAAGACGAGGAAGCGAAGAAAGAGAGGUUAGCGAGGAAGAAAGCUGAAGAGGAAGAGGCCCGCAGGAAGGCCGAGGAGCUGCCUCCGCCGCUGCCGCCGCCGCCGUCCCCGCAGCCCGAGCCCGCUGAGGAGCUCCACCCUCUGGAGAUCCCUAUGAACGAGCCGGCCGAGGUGGAGGCCGCGCCGCCACCGGGCGUCGAACGCAAGUUGCUGCUCACCGAGGACGCGCACCGCCGCUUCAAGCUGCGCGCCCUGCGCCGCAAGACGACCGCUCCCCUCACCGACGACGCUCUCGUCCGCACAGCCUCGCAGGAACUCAAGCAACCCAGCAACUUCAAAUCACUCCCCGACAACACCGAGAUCAUCCGAGGCUCUUCAUCCAUAUCCGAUAUAGACGCCCUCCCCUUCGCAUCCAUCAUGGCGGUCGUCACUUCCUACAAGUACAUGAUCAACACGUGGGGGAAAGGCAUUGUGGACUUCGGUGUGACGUCAGGGAAAGAGCUGCAUUCGAGCAAGAGGGAACGGUUCCAGACUGCACCGGUGCAUGUCAUUCCGAAGAUUGGAAUCGGAAAACAGGCAUACAGCGCCACCAUCGACGUAGUAGGCGAAGGGGCGACAUGGGAAAUGGAGGACAUUCUCACUCGCAAGUUCCUCCCGAAGCACGACCGCGGCAUCAUCACGACGUCGACGUACAGCUGCGCGUUCUUCGUGAAGAACGGGUUGUACUACCUGUACGACCCCAGCCCGUGCAACCCCAUGGGGCUGAUGGACGACAAGGGCAAAGGCUCGGCUUGCCUGUUGCGGUUUAGAACCCUUCACGACCUUGUCGCCAGCCCGUGCAACCCCAUGGGGCUGAUGGACGACAAGGGCAAAGGCUCGGCUUGCCUGUUGCGGUUUAGAACCCUUCACGACCUUGUUGCCAGCCCGUGCAACCCCAUGGGGCUGAUGGACGACAAGGGCAAAGGCUCGGCUUGCCUGUUGCGGUUUAGAACCCUUCACGACCUUGUUACCAGUGACGAGGGGGGUCCGUUCUUGCAGUUAGUCCUCCUAAGAUACGGGUUGUACUACCUGUACGACCCCAACCCGUGCAACCCCAUGGGGCUGAUGGACGACAAGGGCAAAGGCUCGGCUUGCCUGUUGCGGUUUAGAACCCUUCACGACCUUGUUGCCAGAGCAAAGGCUCGGCUUGCCUGUUGCGGUUUAGAACCCUUCACGACCUUGUUGCCAGGUGAGAAACAAAUAACUCCCUUAAAUGUCGAAUGUAACAUAAGUGACGAGGGGGGUCCGUUCUUGCAGUUAGUCCUCCUAAGAUACGGGUUGUACUACCUGUACGACCCCAGCCCGUGCAACCCCAUGGGGCUGAUGGACGACAAGGGCAAAGGCUCGGCUUGCCUGUUGCGGUUUAGAACCCUUCACGACCUUGUUACCAGGAUAAAUUACAACAGGGAUGGAACGACAGAAGAUCAACAGUUCAUAGCGAGCGCAUUACUCGUGCGGCGGCUGUUGGCGCAGCCGCGCUACAAGCUGCCGGAGGACUACGAGUACGACAAGAUGGCGCCCAAGUCGAACAAAUCCAAGUCCACUCUUGUCCCCGAGGCGAAACCUACAAAAAGAACCUCCAUAACAAUCGAAGAACCAAAGAGUAAAACUAAAAUAGGUUACUCGCCAUGUGACGGUGUGUACAAAAUAGAAGGAACCACUUGCCUCAAAGAUAGGUCAGGCAGUUCGAACAUGAAGUCCUGCCAUUUUGUGAGCCUAAUGGCCAUGUUGAUGGCCACUAUGCAUCCUAUCAGGACUUGGGAUCACACGAUGGUGGACACCUGCAUAGAGAAAGGUGUAGAGAUAUAUGAAAAAGCAACAAAUUUAGCACCAUGCGAAAAAAGAGUGAUUAAAAACGUUAUCAUGGAUGGCAAAUUCAUGAAUGUAAACAUCAAAAAAAUAAUAGUAAUAAACAACAAUGCAGAAAAGAAAAUAGAACAGUACAUAAGCGCCGUAUCACGACGACUUCGGUACUUCCUGAUACAUUUCCCGCAGUGCAGUUUGGUGGUGUGCCAUUCCGACGGGUACUACCACUUGUUCGACCCGUACGAGUCUCCCAAGGAGGAACCUUAUGACAAGAGUGGAGCCGAAUCGAAGCCGUGCGGGCCGUACGCCUCGUGGACGCUGUACCGUUCCCAAGAUGCAUUAGUUAACAGGCUGAGAAAAACAGUCGCCGGCAAAACCGUAGAGACACCCUCGUUUUAUACUUUCGAAUUAACAUCAAUUAAAACUGCUCCGCGACAUUCAGCCCUCAACUACAGACUCAGCCCUCUGUUUAAGCCGGACGAGAACCCGAAUUCACCAUACUUGAAAUACAGGAGGGUACGUCCUUUGGUAGACGAAAAAAUGUACUGGCUGAAUGUCGAGACCAUACCCUGGUCCAGAAUGAAUCCAACCAACGACUUAGGAUUCCCACGUAAAACGCCCCGUACUUUAUGGAAGGAAUGGGAUAUAGAAUUCCCUGGGGAUCUAUAUUCACUGUGGGGCUCCUUACACCCGCUCGAUACUAAGUUUGAUGAGAGUAAUCGCGGUAAACAAUACUUGGCCACUAGUGUAGUCGCUCUAGUCAUGUCGCAAGCCUGCCACCUCAGCGCGUGGACUGGCAGCUUCCUGGACGGCAUCGUCAACGCCGGAGACAGGUAUCACAAAAAAUGUGCAGAAAAGAUCGGGAAAGCGGAAAACCAUGAGUUAGCAGUUACAGAUUUGGAUGGGAAAUUUGAUGACAUGUUUCCGUACUCAUUUAGUGCUAAAUUCGACAACAUAAUAUUCGGCUUUGUGUACAAUAUGCUGCCAGAUAGAUUUAACCUAAGUAAAGCAUUAGACUAUUUCUUUGAAAGUCACGACUUGGGCCUGUUAGUUAGCCCUACCAAGAACUUGGCAUUUGGACGAAGUGGUAGAUCUUAUUUCAUGUUUGAUUGCCAAAGCUAUGGUGCACCAAUUUUUUGCCCCGGACAAGGUUCAUCGUAUAUGCUUAAAUGUGAAAGUUUGAAUAGACUCGUUUAUUGUAUGACAUUAACUCUAAAUAUAAGGAGACAUGGAAUACAAUUCCACUUAUUUAGCGUGAACAUUGCACUUACAGAAAAAACUAAAUAAUGAUUCCAUUAAUGGUAAAUUAUAAUUGUUAUUGUAAUGUUUUGACCUCAUUGGCUUCCGUUUGAUUAAAUAUUGUUAACAUACCUA